AUGCAACAAAUUCCAGAGGAUGUAAUUAAAAAAUUAUCUGAUUUUGACAAAGCUUUGACUUCUUUUGAAGAUGCUUUAGAUAAUCAUUUAAAUUUACAACAAAACGAACAUACUUCAAAUUUGGAUAAAGCAAAAUUCGAAUUGGCUACUCUUUUUGCUGUAAAUUCUCUUUAUUGGACUUAUUUACAUUGCAAAGGAAAGGAUCCUAGUCAAAACAGUGAACUUGCUGUUGAAUUGAACAGAACAAAAGAAUAUAUUGCAAAAUUAAAACAAUAUGAAGAUUUAAAUAAAAGACCGAAAUAUGAUGGGAAAACUGUUGGGCGUUUUGUUAAGCAUGCUUUGUUUAAUUUAAAUGAGGACAGUCAAAAUAGUAGAAAUGAUGAGUUUUGCCAAUCUUCAAUUAAAAACCAAAAAAACAAUUCUUCUUUUACCAAUUGUGAGGUUACAGUUCUUUCUGAUAAUGAAGAAGAAGGGCAAGAUGAUGAUGAUGAUAUUGAAGUUAUUGAAGAUAAAGAAGAAGGAGAAUUAGAAGAAAUUCCAAAAAAGAAAUUUAAAAAAAUUUAA